AGUUCGCGAGCGCCUCGCAGCAGCGGCCGAACCUCUCGCGCUCCUCACACAGAUGGACCCCCAACUCUGCCUGCUACUACUCACCCGCUGCGUGAGCCGCCGCGCCUCGUUCCUGGUCCGAGCCACGCCCCCCGAAGCCCUUCCGCAGGAGGAAUGGUCGGCCUGGGGGGAACAUCUGCUCCACACCUACCUGGCCGCGGCACACACGAAUGUCCCUAG